UUUUUGAUACAUAUUUGAAAAAUAUUAAGUAAAUAAUAAUCGAUUUUUUAUUAUUUCGUGACCAACAAGUGUGUGCUCCAAUCACUCUAUCACAAAAAAAAAAAAAAAAGCUGUAGAAAUGAAUGGAAACUCAAAACAGCCAUGACAUUAUGUCAAAUUACCCUGCCCGUUUACACGCUGCUUUACGGUACUCGAGCCGCCGUUGUCUCGGCAACUCCACUGUGACGUCACCGACACAUUUAAAAAAACAAGUACCCCGGUCCAAAGACGCCUGGCGUUAAAUGGCGGACACAAGUUGUUUUUCGUAACAAACUCCCUCUUCUUCACCUCAGGGAGAUUUUUGUUUUUGACACAGGCCGGAAUGGAGGCGCUCCAAGGGGACGAGAGGAGGGAGGAGACCGACACUGACAAGCCGGGUCCGGAGACGAGGGCCUCGGACGAAGCCAUCGCUUUCAUGUCCGGCAUUGAGCCGGCGGAGCUGCCCAAGUGCGUGUUCACGGACUCCCUGGUGACCGUGUCCGAAGGCGGUCGAGAGUUGGGAAGGUUCCGCGUCUCCAUGGAGUUUGCCCGCAGAGCCCGGCGGCCGUGUAUGCUGCUGCACGCCCAAAGCGAGGGGGCCGUCGACGACUCCCCCUGCGGAACAACCGUGACAGCCUACCUCACUGCUGACCUGGAGGUGCUGGAGGAAGAUUACCACGAGUAUGUCAAGCUGGAGGGUCACGUGGUGGACAAGCGCUGCCGCAUGGUCCAACGAGGGGGGAAGACCAAGAUCGAUAAAGUCACCACAGUUGGAACGGAAGUGACAAAGGAGAGUUUUUCCUUUUCCACGUCGGCCUUGAGAGGGCUCGUGACCGAGGGUUCCAACUUCCUGCUCAUGCGUCUUAUUGCUUUGAGGAGGAAAGUACCGGAGCACUUGGCCUUCAUCUGCUUCGACCAGAAAUUACGCAUCGUCCGCACGACCUUUAGAGAGCUGGAAGAGAAGCAGAUGCAGAUCGGGGAAGAAACUGUGGAGAUAUUCGGGGUGGAGCGGGUCAUUCAUUCUGUGGACGACACCGCUGUGACGUGGCAGUGCUGCUUUCUGCCCGACGGGCAUCUUGCCAGCAGGGUGCAGGUGGGAUGUCCGGUCAUGAUGAAGCUGCUGCAGCUGCCGUCACAGACGGAAGAAGGUAGUGAAGGCGACGCGUCACAAUUAUUGGAAUUGAAUACCGUCUUUUUUUUUAUAUAUUUGUGUGCGUAUGCUUGCGUUGUAGUGUUUGGGAAAAUGCCCCUGGUUUGGGAGGAAGACAUACAGAUGCGCUCCAAGUUCUUGGACAGAAAGGAGGAGCUGAAGGCCGACCACGCUUCAUACCUGACAGAGCAUCCGGAGAUCCGUGCCCUCAUAUCUGACUUCCUGCAGUUCCUGCUCUUGAACAAGCCGGACGACGUCUUCCAAUUCGCCCGAGAGUACUUUCUCCCCUUCGCCCCCCACAGUCCUGCUGACACAAACCUUGACGACUCAUCACAAUGAAGUACCCGCUUCUAAAUAUCACUUUUAUAUCACUUACAGUCUGUAAUCAAAAGUUUACGUACACUUGUGAAGAACAUAAUGUCAUGGCUGUCUUGGGUUUAGAAUCAUUUCUUAUUUUUUUGUGAUAGAUCAGGGGUCAGCAACCUUUUUGAAACCAAGAGCUACUUCUUGGGUACUGAUUAAUGCCAAGGGCUACCAGUUUGAUACACACUUAAAUAAAUUGCCAGAAGUAGCCAAUUUGGUCAAUUUACCUUUAAUAAAUAUCCAUCCAUCCAUUUUCUACCACUUAUUCCCUUUUGGGGUCGCGGGGGGCGCUGGCGCCUAUUUCAGCUACAAUCGGGCGGAAGGCGGGGUACACCCUGGACAAGUCGCCACCUUUAAUAAAUAAAUCUAUAAAUAUAUAUUUAAAAAAUGGGUAUUUCUGUCCGUCAUUCCGUCGUACAUUUUUUUCCUUUCACGGAAGGUUUUUUUGUAGAGAAUAAAUGAUGAAAAAAACACUUAAUUGAAGGGUUUAAAAGAGAAAACAGGAAAAAAAUGCAGAUUAAAUUUUGAAACAAAUUUUAUCUUCAAUUUCGACUCUUUAUAAUUCAAAAUUCAACCGAAAAAAAAUGAAUUAAAAAAAAAAAGCUAAUUCGAAUCUUUUUGAAAAAAAUAAAAAAUAAUUUAUGGAACAUCAUUAGUCAUUUUUCCUGAUUAAGAUUAAUUUUAGAAUUUUAAUGACAUGUUUUAAAUAGGUUAAAAUCCAAUCUGCACUUUUUUUUUUUUUUUAGAAUAUAUAACAAAUUGGACCAAGCUAUAUUUCUAACAAACACAAAUCAUUAUUUCUUCUAGAUUUUCCCGAAAUUUUUUAAAAGAAAUUCAAAAGAUUUUGAAAUAAUAUUUAAAUUUGAUUCUACAGAUUUUCUAGAUUUGCCAGAAUAUUUUUUGGGAAUUUUAAUCAUAAAUUUGAAGAAAUAUUUCACAAAUAUUCUUCGUCGAAAAAACAGAAGCUAAAAUGAAGGAUUUAAUUAAAAUUUAUUUAUUAUUAUUUACAAUAAUAAAAAAAUAAAAUACUUGAACAUUGAUUUAAAUUGUCAGGAAAGAGGAGGAAAGAAUUUAAAAGCUAAAAAGGUAUAUGUGUUUAAAAAUCCUAAAAUCAUUUUUAAGGUUGUAUUUUUUCCUCUAAAAUUGUCUUUCUGAAAGUUAUAAGAAGCAAAGUAAAAAAAAUAAAUGAAUUUAUUUAAACAAGUGAAGACCAAGUCUUUAAAAUAUUUUCUUGGAUUUUCAAAUUCUAUUUGAGUUUUGUCUCUCUUAGAAUUAAAAAUGUCGAGGAAAUCGACACCAACUUGCUCGUAAAUAAAUACAAUUUAAGAAAUAGAGGCAGCUCACUGGUAAGUGCUGCUAUUUGAGCUAUUUUUAGAACAGGCCGGCGGGCGACUCAUCUGGUCCUUACGGGCGUGUUGGUGACCCCUGUGGUAGAGUAAUAGGAGCUCAUACUUGGUCACAAAAAAAAAACAUUCAUGAAGUUUGCUUCUUUUAUGCAUUUAUUAUGGCUCUACUGAAAAUGUGAGCAAAUCUGCUAGGUCAAAAGUACUACCACCACCAUGCUUGACGGUAGGGAUUGUGUUCCUGGGAUUAAAGGCCUCACCUUUUUCUCCUUCAAAUAUAUGUGUUGUGGCCAAACGGCUCAAUUUUUCUUUCAGAACUUUCCUCCAGAAGGUCUUAUCUUUGUCCAUGUGAUGUCAGAUGAAACAAAAAUGGAGUUGUUUGGCCACAAUACCCAAUUAGGCGUUUUCCACCCAAAAGUGCGAUGAAGGCGCGCAGUGACAGACUUAAAUUAAAGGCCUCCUGAAAUGAGAUAUUCUUAUUUAAACGGGGAUAGCAGCUCCAUUCUAUGUGUCAUACUUCAUCAUUUCGCCAUAUUGCCAUAUUUUUGCUGAAAUGAUUUAGUAGAGAACAUCCACGAUAAAGUUCUCAACUUUUGGUCGCUAAUAAAAAAGCCUUGCCUGUACCGGAAGUAGCAGACGAUGUGCGCGUGACAUCACGGGUUGUGGAGCUCCUCACAUCUGAACAUUGUUUACAAUCAUGGCCACCAGCAGCGAGAGUGAUUCGGACCGAGAAAGCGACGGUUUCCCCAUUAAUUUGAGCAAGGAUGAAAGAUUCGUGGAUGAGGAAAGUGAGAGUGAUGGACUAGAAUUUUUUUUUUUUUUAAUAAAUAAAUAAAAACUAGACGCCAGAGCGAUUCAGAUGUUAUUAGACAAAUUUACUAGGACAAUUCUGGAAAAUCCCUUAUCUCCUUAUUGUGUUACUAGUGUUUUAGUGAGAUUAUAUGGUACCUGAAAGUCGGAGGGGUGUGGCCACGGGUGUGGUGACCGCCAGUGUCUCUGAGGGAAGCCGCGUUUCUCGACGAGGCGAAGCGAAGGCAGCCGUUGGGGCCGGGCUGAGCUGUUUUUUUUACCCCUCUCCACGGUGGAAGCAUCCCACGUUCGGGGGCGGCCGGUCGGAGGAGGCAAGAGAGUCCGCAGCUGCCUCUUUAACAGGUGCACAAGAAACGACGCAAGCUCCGCUCAUGUCUACGGUAAGAGCCGACUUAUUACCACAAUUUUCUCACCAAAACCUGCCGGUUGACAUGUGGCAGGGAACCAUGUUCGCUUGACCGCUCUGUUCCAUAGUAAAGCUUCACCGUCAUCUUUUGGGAAUGUAAACAAUGAAACACCGGCUGUGUUUGUGUUGCUAAAGGCAGCCGCAAUACACCGCUUCCCACCUACGGCUUUCUUCUUUGACGUCUCCAUUGUUCAUUGAACAAAUUGCAAAAGAUUCAGCAACACGGAUGUCCAUAAUACUGUGGAAUUAUGCGAUAAAAACAGACGACUUAGGAUGCUUGAACAAAAUGUCCUCUACAAUGCGUGACGUCACAUCAUACCGCAAUUUAUUAAACUAACCCGGCCGGUAGCGGUUUUGACAGGGCUAAGUCUUCGAGUAGUAAAUUUCGCCUUCUUCCUGUAGGGAUUUCAACAUCCACGCUCCAUAAUAUCAUCAAAAGGUACAGAGAAUCUGGAGAAAUCACUCCACGUAAGCGGCAUGACCAGAAACCAACAUUGAAUGACCGUGACCUUUGAUCCCUCAGGCGGCACUGUAUCAAAAACCAACAUCAAUCUCUAAAGGAUAUCACCACAUGGGCUCAGGAACACUUCAGAAAUCCACUGUCACUAAAUACAGUUCAUCGCUACAUCUGUAAGUGCAAGUUAAAGCUCUACUAUGCAAAGCGAAAGCCAUUUAUCAACAACAUCCAGAGAAGCCAGUUGUGGCCAAACAGCCCAACUUUUGUUUCAUCUGACAAAGAUAGACCUGGAGGAAAGUUCUGUGGUCAGAUGAAACAAAAAUGAAGCUGUUUGGCCCCAAUACCCAGCUAUAUGUUUGGAGGAGAAAAGAUGAGGCCUUUAAUCCCAGGAACACUAUUCCUACCGUCAAGCAUGGUGGUGGUCAUAUUAUGCUCUGGGCCUGUUUUGGUGCCAAUGGUACUGCUGCCUUAUAGAGAGUAAAUGGGACAAUGAAAAAGGAGGGUUACCUCCAAACUUGGAAAAAAUAUGAGUUGUAGAAAUGAUUGGAACCUCAAACACAGCCAUGACAUGAUGUUCUUUAGUCUGUUUAUUAUGACUCACUGUUCACAUGAAGCUGUGCUUACACCUAGAAAUUCAAUUUGUAACAGCAACUAAUGAAUUCACACACUUGUUAUCAGUAUUAAAGCUUGUUUUUUGCAGUUUGUUUAUGUCGGUGUACGUACAGGAGGAAGGGGAUUCACAUGGCCCCAUAUGUCGCAGUUUACCCGACACAUGAAACGUGACGAAUUUGGAGCGUGCACUAUUCACUGUAGCUCCAGAUGGCGGUAGGGUCUUGACUUGCUUACAGUGUUUUUUUGUGGCGAUUUUAACUUUGACAACAGCGUCAGUUGCUAUGUAGAGUGGCGCUUUCCUUCAUUUUCAGCAGGCCGCAUUGCAAAAUCUUAUACAUAAUCCAUAAGAAUGGGGCCAUAUGAAUACAUUCUCUACUCUAUUCAAUUGUUUUAUUUAUGAAUAUCGAUUUAAGACUUGACUCACUAUACCGAGAAUUACCUUCUGUUGAGUUUAUUAUAGACGCUCAUUAAUUCCCAACAGUAGGAUACUUCAGGGACAAUAAAAAAUUGGAAUCUGAAACUCCUUUUUUCCCAUUUGUCCCUGAAGUGGAUAUUCAUUUAAAAAUGCAUUUCUAAAACCAGGCAAAAGAGGGCAACCUUUUACAAAAUAUUCUAACUUGGACAAAAGUGUCAGUUGCUAUGUAGAGUGGCGCUUUCCUUCAUUUUCAGCGGACUGCAUUGCAAAAUCUUGCAAAUGAUCCACAAGGAUAAGGCCAAAUUAAUGCCUUCUCUACUGUAUUCAAUUUGUUUUUAAAGAAUAAUAAUUUAAGACUUGACUCACUAUACCUGGAAUUACCUUAUGUAGAAUUUAUUAUAGACCCUCAUUAAUUCACAACAGUAGGAUACUUCAGGGACAUUAAAAAAUUGGAAUCUGAAACUCCUUUUUUUCCCCAUUUGUCCCUGAAGUGGAUGUUGAUUUCAAAAUGCAUUUCUAAAACCUGGCACUAGAGGGCAACAUUUUACAAAAUGUUCUAACUUUCACAAUGUAGAGUGGCCCUUUCCUUCAUUUUCAGCAAACUGCAUUGCAAAAUCGUACACAUGAUCCACAAGGAUGAGGCCAAAUUAAUGCCUUCCCUACUGUAUUAAAUUUAAAAUGUUUUUUUAAUGAAUAUUCCUUUUAAAAACUUGACUCAACUUAUUUUACCGGAAAUUACCUGUUUUUAACUUUAUCAUAGACCCUCAUUAAUUCCCAACAGUAGGAUACUUCAGGGACAAUAAAAAAUUGGAAUCUGAAACUCCUUUUUUCCCAUUUGUCCCUGAAGUGGAUAUUCAUUUAAAAAUGCAUUUCUAAAACCAGGCAAAAGAGGGCAGCCUUUUACAAAAUAUUCUAACUUGGACAAAAGUGUCAGUUGCUAUGUAGAGUGGCGCUUUCCUUCAUUUUCAGCGGACUGCAUUGCAAAAUCUUGCAAAUGAUCCACAAGGAUAAGGCCAAAUUAAUGCCUUCUCUACUGUAUUCAAUUUGUUUUUAAAGAAUAAUAAUUUAAGACUUGACUCACUAUACCUGGAAUUACCUUAUGUAGAAUUUAUUAUAGACCCUCAUUAAUUCACAACAGUAGGAUACUUCAUGGACAUUAAAAAAUUGGAAUCUGAAACUCCUUUUUUUCCCAUUUGUCCCUGAAGUGGAUGUUGAUUUCAAAAUGCAUUUCUAAAACCUGGCACUAGAGGGCAACAUUUUACAAAAUGUUCUAACUUUCACAAUGUAGAGUGGCCCUUUCCUUCAUUUUCAGCAAACUGCAUUGCAAAAUCGUACACAUGAUCCACAAGGAUGAGGCCAAAUUAAUGCCUUCCCUACUGUAUUAAAUUUAAAAUGUUUUUUUAAUGAAUAUUCCUUUUAAAAACUUGACUCAACUUAUUUUACCGGAAAUUACCUGUUUUUAACUUUAUCAUAGACCCUCAUUAAUUCCCAAAAGCAGGAUACUUCAGGGACAUUAAAAAACUGGAAUCUGAAACUCCUUUUUUUCCCCAUUUGUCCCUGAAGUGGAUUUUGAUUUCAAAACACAAUUCUAAAACCUGGCACAAGAGGGCAAACUUUUACAAAAUGUUCUAACUUUCACAACCACGUCAGUCUCUAUGUAGAGGGGCGCUUUCCUUCAUUUUCAGCGGACUGCAUUGCAAAUUCUUACACAUGAUCCACAAAAAUGGGGCCAUAUGAAUACCUUCCCUACUGUAUUCAGUUUGUAAUAUUUUUUUAUGAAUAUUAAUUUUAAGACUUUACUCACUAUAACUUAACCGGAAAUGACCUGUUUUUAACUUUAUUAUAGACCCUCAUAGGCUACUUCAGGGACGUAUACAUAAAUUGGAAUCUGAACCCUGUUUUUUUUCCAUUUGUCCCUGAAGUGGAUGUUCAUUUCAAAACGCAUUUCUAAAACCUGACACUAGAGGGCAACAUUUUACAAAAUAUACCAACUUGUACAUGUAAAUGUGUUUUCAAAAAAUAAAAUGAUGAUAUUCACCGGA